CUCGAGCACGCUUGCCGGCCAGCCCACGCUGCACGGCCAUAUGUCGAGGACGGCGCGGAGGAGGCCCGCCAGGAGGUGGUCUCCCUGCACCAGCGGCUGCGGAGGGCCACGGAGGAGCUCGCCGCGGCCCGCUCGGAGAUGAGGGCCUCGCAGCAGGCGGCCAUGGUGGCGCAGACGGCCGCCGCCAAGGCCGCGGGCUUCGUGCCGGACCUCGGCGAGGUGCGGCGGCGACUCGCCGCCUCGGACGACCCGGCCGAGCUCCCAGGCGUUCCCGACGCGGUCUUGCUGCGGAUAGCCACCGCCUCCUUCCGGCUCGCUCCGCGGCCGGAGCCGCUCGCCUGCGGGGGCGGCUCGGAGCAGGGGCCAGGCCGGGCGCCAGGCGCCAGCGGCCCCGGCUGGGAGAGCCUCCGAGUUUUUAUGUUCGUGUCGUUCUUCGCUCCCCCACCAGCGGCCCGGCGACCGCGCAGGAGGACCGCAACAUGCUGGCGCUGCAGAGAAUACAGUCCCAGCAGAAGGACCUGGAGCGCCUCCGCGUGCUGGCGGACGCGCAGCAGGCCACCGUGAAGGGCCUGCAGGAGCAGGCGGCCACGUGCCGCGCCUCCCAGGCCGCAGACAAGCAGCAGCUGCUGGAGGACAAGCUGCGGACCACGGAGCGGCACGCGCUCGACUUGGCGCGGCGGCUGGGUGCGGCCGGCGACGCCUCAGGCCAAGCCUUCGAGCUGCAGUGCCACCUGCGCGCCAUGGCCGACAAGGUCCAGCAGCGCGAGCAGGCCAUCGAGAAGACGAGGGCGCUGCGGGAGAGGCAGGACGCCUCCCUGGCGCGCCGGCGGGAGAGCCUGGCCCUGGCGCUGGAGGACGCGCGCGGCCACCAGGCGGAGCGCGAGGAGGCCCGCGCUUCCCGCGCUCCCAGGGCGGAGGGCCGCGGCCCCGGCGGCUCGGCGGUGGCGGCGAACGGAGCGUUUGCCUACUUACCCCGCUGCCCCACGCAGCCGCCUUGCCCCGGGGUCACGCUGUGUCUUCGCGUGCGGAUCGGCGUCUUUGCGAGUGGCCUGUUAGUCGGGGUGCUGGCCAUUCAGACUGCUGGGGGAGUUGCAAGGGCCAGCGAGCACCGCGCGCCUGACUGUAAGCGGCAGCAGAUGCCAAUGGAGUGCCCCACGGACCCUCACUGUUUCACUUGGCAUCGCAGGGCGCCGCUGCAUUGCAUCGAGGGGUCGCGGUGGACAAAUCUGACUCCAGAUUACGAUGUUGUGGCCCUCGAUCUCUCCCAGGGGCGUCACAGGGUGCUGGACAGACGGCAGCCCUCACCAGGAUACAUCGCCAAUCAGUGCCACGCGUUCGAUCCAGUCGACAAUUUCGAGCUGCACAAUUUGCAGCGAGAGGCGAGGCAGUGA